ACCGACCACGUACGUACGGCCGCACCUUCUUUCCCCGUCGCCGUCGUCCGCCUCCGCCGCGCCCCUCCUCCCCCUCGGGGCUGCCGGCGGCGCCGGGCUCUCUCCCCCGGUGCCGGUCUCCUCUCCUCCGGCGCCCGGUUUAAAGCGCUUCUCGCCCUGAUUUCGCCCGGGCGGGGGGAGGUCGCCGGGUCCAAACUACUAUAGGCAGUUCUACUGUUUGCAUAAGCUACCCUUGCUUCAUUUAGUAUGGAAGUCGAUGAUGAUGUGGAGGAUGAUGACAUGGAUUUCAACCCUUUAUAUAGGGAAGGAUCACCAUCCGAGACAUCGUCAAGCCUCACCUCGGAGGCAGAAUGCGAGGGAACUAGCUUUGAAAAUCAACCAAGCACUAAGGUGAUUCCUUGCAGUAGUCCUGCUAAUGGAAACACAGGUGAUCGUUUGCUUCCCAAAGAAAGUUUGUCAGCCAAAGGUGCCUGCAAAGAAAAUGUUCCAGAGAGCACUUCGACCCAGUUGCAUUGUGAGAAUGGAGAAGGCCGUGUUAAUGGAUUGGGAAAGGAACCCUUACAGACUGUACCUUCCUUCUCUCCAUCAGUACAGAAUACUCAUCCCAGUGCCGAGGAAGAUGCAAUCUGCAGGCGGACACGGGCAAGAUACUCCCUGGCAAAUUACGCACUCGACGAGUUAGAGACCUUUCUCCAGGAAUCUGACGAUGAUGGUGACCUGCAGAAUGUUGAUGAGGAAGAGGAGUACCGCAAGUUUCUUUCAGCUGUCCUAUCUGGUGGAGGUGAUGACCCACAGGCUUGCCAGGGGGAUGAAACCCAGGAUGAAGAUGAGAAUGAUGCAGACUUUGAGCUUGAAAUUGAGGAGGCCCUGGAAAGUGAUGGUGGUGAAAAUGUCGAGAAUGAUAAGAACAUAAAUGGUAGGAAUGAGAAAGAUGGUCAUAGGCCUCAGACUAGGAAGAAGAGACCCGAGUUGUCUAGGGCAGUCAAUCAUCAACAGGAAUCAACUAAAGCUAAUUUGCGACCGAUUCUGCCGAAUGCCUCACCUACACCUCAGGUUCCUGGGCAGUAUCUAUCCCAGAACAUCAAUGUCCCUUCCUCUUUGUCAUCAGCAACUGGUGCUGCUGUAGUGGAGGGAUUUACUGAUGAGCAACUUGGCCAAUUGCAUAUUUUGAUAUAUGAACAUGUUCAGCUCAUGAUCCAAACCUUCUCUCUAUGCGUUCUUGACCUAUCUAAACAGCGUGUGGCUGCUGAUGUUAAAAAAAUGAUAGUUGAGUUGGUUGGCUACCGUGAUCAAGCAUUGGCUAGGAAAAACACUAUUCGUCAACCAUUCUGUUUCGAAGGGCAGCAUCUUCAGUCAGCAAUUAGUCAUGCUUAUUCUGAGAGCUCGCAAUGCCAAUGGAUUCCAUUAAUUAAGAAUCCUAUUAUGUCCAUCCUUGAUGUCUCGCCACUUCCUUUGGCCCUCGGCUAUUUAAGUGAUGUUGCAGGCGCCGUUGUGAAGUAUAGAAAAAGCCAUGUGGAUGGCACUCCAGACAGGAUCCGGUUUAGGAAAGACCCUCUUUUUCCAUCACCGGUACUUACCACUGGCAGGGAAGCUAACAAUGUUUCUCAAGACAGAUCAAAUAAUGUGUCCACAUCAACGCCAGCUUCACCUGGGCAGUCACAGCCCAAGAAAUCUUUAGCUGCUACCCUCUUUGAGAGUACUCAAAAGGAGCCGGUUGCUCUCGUUCCAUUUGAUAUUGCAAGAUUGGCGCAGAGAUUUUAUCCACUCUUCAAUUUUUCGCUGUUUCCUCAUAAGCCACCUCCUGCAGCUAUGGUCAGUAGACUACUUUUCACUGAUGCAGAGGACGGAUUAUUAGCUCUAGGACUUAUGGAAUAUAAUAACGACUGGGAAGCGAUACAAAAGCGUUUUCUUCCUUGCAAAUCAACACAUCAGAUAUUUGUGAGACAAAAGAACCGCAGCUCAGCGAAAGCUACGGACAAUCCAGUCAAGCAUGUGCGUCGUAUGAAGAAUUCUCCAUUGAGUAGUGAGGAAGUGCAGCGUAUCGAAGAGGGCCUUAAGAUAUUCAAAAAUGACUGGACAUCUGUUUGGAAGUUUGUUGUGCCAUACAGAGAUCCUGCACUACUCCAGCGUCAGUGGAGAGUUGCCAAUGGAAUUCAGCGAUCUUACAGUAAAAGCGACGCAUUAAAAGCAAAGAGGAGAACAUAUGAAGCGAAGAGGAGAAAAAGAAAAGCUUCCAUGGCUGAUUCACAAGUAGGUCGUGAGCAGGAGGCUGAUAAUGAUGCCUCUGAGGAUGUUGAAAAUGAUGAUUAUGAUGAUGAUCUGUAUGUCAAUGAAGCAUUUUUAGCAGACACAGAGAAUAGGAGCAUGAAUAUGAUGCAGACGGGCACCAGCCUCAUUGGUGAUUGUGGUUCUGCACAUGGCCACUUUGAGCAGCAUAAAAGAAAUAGUAUGCUCCACGGUGUCAACACUGCAUAUAUACCUUUUAGCUCUUGCGCUUCUGAUGGUCCUUCGACUAAAAGGGUGUUUGGUGUGAUUUUGGACGAACUGCCAGCUUCACAAUUGUCUAGAGAGAAAGGUAGCCAUGUCGUCAAGUUGGCCCCAGAUUUGCCUCCUGUAAACCUUCCUCCUUCAGUCCGUGUGAUAUCCCAGAUGGAAUUUCAUCAGAAGGCAGCACAUUAUAAUGGUACCUCAGAUAACGCAGCGCAGGAUCUGUUUCCUGUGCCACCUCCAACCUUUACAGAAUGUGUUUAUACACAGCUUAAUCUUUUCCCUCAUCAUAGUACUACUGACAGAUCACAACAGCAUGGGUGUGAUAGACGUUCGACGGAAGAUGGCACUGAGCAAGAUUUUCAAAUGCAUCCUUUGCUUUUUCAGCAUCCUCGAGAAGUGCUUCCGUCACAUAGCCAUUCGGUUCAAAAUCUUACUAGUCAUACAAGAAAUUAUAAUCUUUUCCCUUUUGAGAAAGUUCAACUUGAGGAAAGUAAUAAGCAGACUACAGAUGGCAUGGAAGGAGCUCCUGCCAAUGCUAAUACCAUCGACUUCCAUCCUCUACUGCAAAGAUCUGAAGCUGAGAUGCAUGUGGAAGUACCAGAAGAGAACUGCCAUCCACUUGCUAAUCAAUCUGACGGUCGUAUGAGGGAACCUCCAGUAGAUGACCAGUCAACAGUUAGGGAAGCGUCCUCAAGCGAAAGAGAGAUCGAUGUUGAUAUGCAAGCAUCCACAAGCCCUUGUGAGAGGGAUAACAACAUUGAUUUGGACAUUCAUUUGUGUUCCUCAGUGGAUUUCAGGAUUGCGAAGGACUUGAGAAGUACUCCUAGUAAAUCCAGAAUUCAGCCAGAAAAGUCUGUGAAGGACAGAGCUAGUAUUUUGAAUUUACAGCCUGCAAAUGCUAGUUCUCAUCAUGACACUGAAGGGCUUGGCGAAGAAACAAUGCAAGGCAUUGUAAUGGAACAAGAAGAAUUAAGUGAUUCCGAAGAAGAGAGCCAGCAUGUUGAGUUUGAAUGUGAGGAAAUGGAUGAUUCUGAAGAUGAGCAAGCUCAGGGCACAGAACCAUGUUCGACUACAAAUAAGGGAACUUCAACAUCAGUUGCUUGUUCAGAGUUGCAAGAAAACAACGACCAGUGUCAAACCCAACAAGGAUUGAAACAGGUGGCUAAACAGGGCGUGAGAUCAAAACGGAAAUCGCGUGGGUCUUCUAGUGCAAGGCCGGUCAGAGCAAAGUCCAAGCCAACGGAUGCAAGGAGCACAGGAACUAGAAAGAGUCAACGGUCAAAAGCUUCUCGAACGAGUGAAUCUAGCCAGGCCAAAAUGCAGGAAGAGGCAGGUCCUGAACACAAGUCGAGUGAUCCAAGAAGGUCUAGAAAGAGCCCUGCCCCGAGUUGAAGGUCUUUGUAGCGUUUCAUUUCUUUGCACAGGAUAUCGGCUCUGCUCACCUUGCUGCAUCUACCAGAGGAUAAUUACCUGCGCUGCUGGGCUGGUUAUUCACCUGUGGAUAUAGACAACAUGUCAACCAUUUGUUGAACAGGAAAUUCAUGUCUGGAGCUGAGUAGAGAAACUGAAAUGGUGAGGAUGGUCUACUACAUGUAUAGCCCCGUCUUUCAUAAAAUCGGCUAGCUGUCGGUGAGCGUGGGAAAGCAUUCCCUCUGGUAAAGAUCCAAGCACCCGCGACGGGCGCGCCAGGGAUGGUGAGGUCCUUUCUUGGAUCGAAUUGGCGAGUAGAUAUUUCACCGGUCUCCAGGAAGGCCUCAGGUUCAUUUCUGUACAUCUAGCAUGGAUGUUCAUUGUAUUUUUAGUUGUUUCUAGCGAGCUCUUAUCAGUGCAGAGAUAUGAUGCUCUUAAGUGGAAAAUAAUGCUGAUGUACUCAGUGCAUCAUUCAGGCCCUGUUUGGAAACUCGGGAAUCCAGUGUUUAAUUAAUGCCAAAUGUAUCAUAUCA